CCGAUCAUUUCCGGGUCCGGGUCGAAAAAAUAUUAGCACGGAUGUGAAUACGAGCUAACAGGUGAUAGUUCUCAAUCACUAAACCGAAACCAAGAAGAGUAAAAGAAAACAUUUAAAGACGCAGUGAACCACUUUAGAGGCUUUUCUUAUCCAAACAUAUGACACAGCAAUGCCGGGGCUCAGUUGUCGAUUCUACCAGCACCGCUUCCCAGAGGUGGAGGACGUGGUCAUGGUGAACGUGAGGUCCAUCGCCGAGAUGGGCGCCUACGUCAGCCUCCUGGAGUACAACAACAUUGAGGGCAUGAUCCUCCUGAGCGAACUGUCGCGUCGACGUAUUCGCUCCAUCAACAAGCUCAUCCGCAUAGGACGCAACGAGUGCGUGGUGGUCAUCCGGGUAGACAAAGAGAAAGGAUACAUUGAUCUAUCAAAAAGAAGAGUUUCACCAGAAGAGGCCAUCAAGUGUGAAGAUAAAUUCACCAAAUCUAAAACUGUUUACAGCAUCCUGCGACACGUGGCCGAAGUGCUGGAGUAUAGCAAAGACGAGCAGCUGGAGAGCUUGUACCAACGCACCGCCUGGGUCUUUGACGAGAAGUACAAGCGGCCGGGAUACGGCGCCUACGACGUCUUCAAACAGGCCGUGUCUGAUCCUUCAAUCCUGUCUGAGCUGGACCUGACAGAGGAAGAGCGGGCCGUACUUAUUGACAACAUCAACAGGCGACUUACUCCGCAGGCUGUUAAGAUCCGAGCAGACAUUGAAGUGGCGUGUUACGGCUACGAGGGCAUCGACGCCGUUAAGGAAGCGCUGCGGGCGGGUCUGGGCUGCUCUACAGAGGCCAUGCCCAUUAAGAUCAACCUGAUCGCUCCUCCCCGCUACGUGAUGACCACCACCACUCUGGAGCGCACAGAGGGACUCUCAGUCCUCAACCAGGCCAUGGCAGCCAUCAAGGAGAAAAUUGAAGAGAAGAGGGGUGUCUUUAACAUCCAAAUGGAGCCUAAGGUGGUGACGGACACGGACGAGACGGAGCUGGCCCGGCAGCUGGAGCGGCUAGAGAGGGAAAAUGCCGAAGUGGACGGCGAUGACGACGCAGAGGAGAUGGAGGCCAAAACUGAGGACUAGAGAAACGAGGGGACAGUCAGUCCAGCAAAUAUGAGCUGCUAUUAAAAGUGCCUCUUUUGGACUUUUAACAGCAGUUUUCUGUUUACCCCACUUGUUUAAAAAAAAAAAAAAAAAAGCGUUGUCGUUUAAGGACACAAUAUGCUUCUAUUUUCAAUGACAUCGCGGUGAUCUUCAAACGAGUAUCCAUGGCGUUGUCACCCAACGUGUUUGGAGGAAAAUACGCAGGCUCUGCUGUUUGGCUAUCAUUCGGUGGUGACAUUUACGGGGUUUUUACCUAUAGAAUCUACUCUUGUCCGUUCGCUUGGCAACAAUAAAAUUCUUGAUCUGA